CCAGAUGAUGCUUUGGCCCAAAAUCUAGUCUUAUACCCGCACUAUUUAUUUUAUUUUUCUAAAAAGCGAUUAGUAGUGUAGUUUAUUUUUAUUUAUCGAAUCGAGAAGGCUUCUAGACCCGUCCAAACCUUCGCCUAAUUAUAAAAAUUAACUAAUUCCCUUUGUCCACUCCUCGAGAGACACGACACUCGGAGAAAAGUAACCCUUCAUUGGGAAGGUUGACUUACCGAAAAACUCUUUCAUCAAAAGUUUUUAACGGAUUUCCAGAAUGAAUCUUCCCAUCGAUGGGUGAAUCCUACCAUCGCUAGGAAGGCAGCCUUGUUUUCUCCUUCGCUUUCAGUGACAACCCUCCCAUCGAUGGGAAGUUCUACCCAUCGCUGGGAAGCCUGCUGCAAAUUCAAAUUUUUUAACCGUUUGUCACUGAAUUUAUUGCCCAACUGCCAUUUUUUUUUCAUAUUCAAACGGAAAUAUCACCCUUUCCUAUAUAUAUCCUUCAUCCCCACCCAUUCUAACACACAAUUUUCACAUCAAAAUCUCCUCUUAUACAUAAUUCUUCAUCUUUUUUUUGCCUCAACAAUGGCCGGUGGAAAAUCCAAGUCGAAGGCCUCCAAGAAGAAGGGCAACGCCAAAGCUACGACCUCAGCGCCCCCGCAGUUUCCCUACCUGGACGGCUCGUUUCUUGAGUUUGGGUCGGAGGAGGAACUCACCCGGUUUCUGUCGCACUUCGCCAAGCGUCCUAUCUCUCCGCCCAGGGUGCUGCCCGAGUUAUACCCUCAACAAAAGGGGUACCACGACCUCGACAACCAACUCAAAGAGUCGGGUUUGUGGUCAUUCGUCUCCAGGAGCCGUCAGUCCUACAAUCCCGCCUAUGUCCGAGCCUUCUACUCCAAUCUCCGCCGGGACGGGGACACCAUCCGCAGCAGCAUCAAUCUCUACGACAUAGAGAUUGAUUUGCCGACCUUUGUGUUAGUUCCAUGGUGUUGGCUAAUCUUUUGGCAAAAUAGAAUCCUAUAUUUGUUAGAUGUUUUACUAGGUAGAAACCUCUAUUUGUUAGGAGAGGUCUAUUUUAUUUAGACUUAUAGAGCUGCUGCAGUUUUUGAGGUUGACGCAGAAGAUGAUACAGCACGAUGCUGCAACACAGUGUGCGGGAUCAGAGGUCUGGGCACGGGAAUUUAAGCUGCAAUCUGAUUUAGAGACCUAUUGGGAUUGUGAUUACAUGAUAAUAACUCCAGCUGUACAUGCUAAGGAAUCCCAACUCUUUAGGCUACUUGUGGAUCAAGAUUGAGGAAGUAGAGUUCAAGCCAACUUCUACUAUCCUAUUCUUACUAGGAUUGUGUUUAGAGAGGCCUAUAAAAAUGCAGCAGGUCCUGGGAAUUACUUGGAGCGAUCGAGAGGGAAAACAAAGAAUAUACGCUGAUGUAGAGCGUUCCCUUCGCGUCCCAGAGCUUCCCAAGCGUGAAGAAGGUUUUGAUCUACAUGAAGGAAGAGAUCUUCAACGCCAAACAGAUCGUGACGUCCAGGAGAUGAACAAGAGCUGAACGAGUGGGCUGCCGACACGUUUGUCCUCGUGAUCUCGGUGGAGAUGUGAUAGCCGAAGCGGAUCUGAACAGAGUUCGAGCUAGAAAUCCUAGAUUAGAAGUUUUGU